CUCUCUCCAAGGUGGACGCUGAGUCCGAUGGCUUUAUGAACAUCGCUCUGUGGAUAAUUCAACACUUGAGUCAGUGAUGAUUAAAGAUUGCCUCAUCAUCCUCCUGAUUUGAAUUUUAAACAAGCUCUAACUGCAAUGGCUUUUUUGAAAAAUAUCCUCAUCCUUAGUCAGCUUCUUCCAUUAGUGAGGACCAUAAAUAUCAAAUUCUUCCCAUGUGACACUGAUGACAAUGUCACCACAGUAGACUGCUAUGGAAGAUCACUCAAGCAUGUCCCCUUCAUCAAGUCUGCCACUGUAGUGUCACUCAAUUUAAGUCGGACUAAGAUACAACAUGUGAGCCAGGGUGCUUUUACUGGCGUCCCAAAUCUUCACACUCUGAAAAUAAUGGGGAAUUGUCAGCCAGGUAAACUUAGAGCCUUAGAGGACAUCUCAUGCAAAAUGGAGAUCCACCCCUAUGCCUUCAAGAGCCUACUGAAGCUUAAAUUUCUGUAUCUGUCAGGAAAUAGUCUCACCUCUAUACCCUCGUUACCUGAAUCCCUGAGGGUUCUCGACCUACAAAAUAAUCGGAUCUUCCACAUUACCGACCCAUUAAAAACUCCAAAUCUCGAAGAGCUCUUCCUCACCAGGAACUGCUUUUAUGCAAACCCUUGCAACCAGUCUUUUUACAUCAGCGAGAGGGUUUUCAGAGAGCUCAAUAAACUCAAAAACCUUACAUUAGGGUAUAAUAAUUUGACAGCUGUACCUAAAGGACUGCCACCCUCACUGGAGAGUCUGGAUUUAAAAGAGAAUACAAUUACAGAGAUCUUAGAGGGAGCAUUUGCCAACCUGACUAUGCUCAAGAGUUUGAAUUUGGAGUGGAACUGCCAGCGUUGUGACCAUGCAGCGAGGCCCUGUUUUCCUUGCCCAAAAAAUCUCCCUCUACAUCUCUAUCCAAACUCACUGUAUGCCAGGAACAGCUCCAUCACCUACCUAAGCUUGAGGGGCAACUCUCUUAAAACAUUUCCAGAGGGCCUUUUCAGGCCUUUGAAGAGUUUACAGAGAUUGGACCUCUCUGACAACCUCCUGGCAUUUGCUAUACAAAAUGGUACCUUCUUCACAGAGCUGAGGGGCCUCACUUGGAUUAGCCUUAUCUACAACUAUGAACCACUGUGGACAUUUGAUGAACUGAUCCUCUCCCCACACAUUGACAAUAUAUCUGGUCUACAAUAUCUUCUUCUGAGUGGUAACUUUUUCCACAGGAUUUCAAGUCAGAGCCUUAAUGUUCUGUCUAAGCUUAAAAAUCUAAAGAGACUAGAACUUAGAAUGAACUUCAUUAAUACUUUUAACCCGACAGCUCUGAAACAGUCACCAUCUCUCAUUCUUAUUGACCUCUCCCAAAACAUGCUUAAUUUCCUUCCAUGCUGCUCUGGUCCAUCCUCUGAGAUUGUGGCACAGAAAAGUUGUCAGAACCAGAACUUGUAUACACAUAAUUUUGGUGACCAACCCCUUAUUGUAAGAGAUCGAGAAGUCACUUUUGGAAAUGAGAUCUGGGAAUUCAACCAGUCAAGUUUGCUGGAAAUGUUGGAGGAUAAUGCGUCACUAUUUCCGUCCCUAUGGGACUUUAGAAACCAUUUCUGCCACCAUAAAUUAACAUUUGACCUGUCUCAAAAUGACAUUCUGUCUCUUAACAAACAUGUGUUUAUAGGCAUGGAAAAUGCUGUUUGUUUAGACCUUUCCUUCAAUUAUAUGAGCCAGGCAUUGACAAGUGGGGAGUUUGAUGCCAUGAAGAAUUUAGUUUUUCUUAAUCUGUCAUACAAUAGGCUUGAUCUUUAUUACAAAACUGCUUUCAGUGAGCUUAAAAAUACUCUGAAGGUAUUAGAUGUUAGUAACAAUGACUUUCACUUCAAAAUGAGGGGCAUGGGCCAUCGUUUUGAGUUCCUUCAACAUCUGACCAACUUGGAAGUCCUAAGUCUAGCUAACAAUGGCAUUGGGAUGAGAAUAAAUCAAAGGCUGAUCAGCAGCUCUGUGAAGUACCUCUACUUCAAUGGAAAUCACCUAGACAUAAUGUGGGAAUCUGAUAACAAUAAAUACACUCAUUUCUUCCAAAACCUGACAAGCCUCAUCUACCUGGACAUCUCCAACAACAAUCUGAUGUCAAUCUCACCAGAAGUACUGUGCAACUUCCCAGGAAACAUUCGGGCCCUGAGCAUUAGCGACAAUCUGCUGAUCUAUUUCCCAUGGCAGAACAUCUCAGCACUCAGCAAUUUAUAUCAUUUGGACCUCAGUCAAAAUUCUCUAUUUUUUUUGCCUCAUGAAGUAAUAGAAUUUGGAGCCAAUUUGUCUUUCUUGGACCUCAGUCACAAUUACCUCAGUUUUAUUCCUGAGGAUUUCUUCAGAAAAGCAAAAUCCUUGCAAUAUCUGUACCUCAGCCAUAAUCGGAUCAAAGAAAUUAACCAUCAAUAUCUCCCUGCCCCCUUUAAAAAUGGUAGUGCCCUUCAAAAACUCACCUUGCAUGCUAACCCCUUUAAAUGUGACUGUGAUACAUCUUGGUUUGCAGACUUCUUGCGUACUACUCCAGUACAGAUUCCUUAUCUCACAACACAUAUACACUGUGAAUUCCCAGAGUCACAACAGGGCAUGAGUGUACUAUCUAUGGACCAGCGUUCCUGCCAGGACAUAUAUGGAAGCUUUGCCUUCCUUGUUUGUUCCUUCUUGGCUGUGACAUUCACCGUUCUACCCAUCCUGAAGCAUCUCUAUGGCUGGGAUAUGUGGUAUUGCUUACAGGUGCUUUGGGCAGGAUAUAAAGGCUAUUCCCAGCUGGCUGGUACUGAUUCAGAGUAUCACUAUGAUGCUUUUGUGGUGUUUGACACCACAAACCAGGCCGUGAGGGAUUGGGUCUACAACGAGCUAACUGUCAAUCUGGAGAACUCGGGUCACAGGAAAUUUUGCCUCUGUUUGGAAGAGAGGGACUGGAUUCCUGGGCUUUCGUGUAUUGAGAAUCUACACAAUGCUGUCUAUAACAGCAUGAAGACAGUGUUUGUGCUGUCCAGUGGUUUUAAUGGCGGUGAGACAGUGAAUGGUGUGAUCCGCCAGGCUUUCUUCAUGGUUCAGCAGCGACUUCUGGAUGAGAAGGUGGAUGCAGUUGUGCUGGUUCUGUUGGAUGAGAUGUUUCCCAAACUGAAGUACCUUCAGCUGAGGAAGAGGUUAUGCAGAAAGUCUGUGUUGUCCUGGCCGAGAAACCCAAGGGCCCAACCCCUUUUCUGGAAUCGAAUGAGAAUGGCAUUGUCGUCAGAUAACCUCAAAUCUUAUGACAACAACAUAAGUGAAAGUUUUAUAUGACUACAUUUUAACUGCUGAUAGUGAGCACUGAGGUGGAAAAAAGCCUUUCCUGUUCCCGUUACCUCACUCUGUCAAAGCUACCCCCUGAUUAAUGAUGUCUCUUCCAUGUAAAUGUUUUACUUUUCUUUUUUUUGUGUUCUGUUGUUUUAUCUGACUUGUGUGCUCUGUAGGUUUUUUUUUAUAUUAAUUUUUC